UUUCAUCUCUUUAUCUGUCUUUCAUUUGUCAAAAAAAUUUAUGGAUAUCUGAUGUUUGAGAAAAACUCCCAUGUUUAGGUCUGCUUACAUUACUUUCCAAAACAAGGUGGCUGCUGAUAAGGCUUUGAGAUUCAGUAGGGCAUCUUUUUAUUCAAGAACCAUUAAGGUUUGUAGGACGGGGGAAUUUCCCAGUACAGCCACAGCAUCAUCAGCUGAAAUUUCUGGCAAGAAGAUGCAAAUCACUCCUUCAAAAAGCGACGUUAAUUCUGAGGGGUUAUCUUAUUCUGAAUCUCAUUCCAAGUGGCAGAAUGAACCUUCUUCUUCAGCUCAUUCAGAACCCUUGUCUUCUACCUUUGACGAAACAAAAACAGCUGCAGAAUCUACUUGUUAGCAAGGACCUUCAGCUGCUUCUUCUGUAGAGAUGCCUGCAGAAUCAGAGCAGCAGAAUUUGGCAACUGAGACAUGUGCCUCACAGCAAGAGCAUCUGACUUUAUUAUGAAAGGCCUAAAAAGUGCUCUGAUAGAACUGAAACAUGCAAUUUUGAUAUCAAUUUUUGCAAGGCUGAGUUAUGGAUAAUACUUUUAACUUGGGAUAGACAGCAUAUACCCUAGUACGUUGUAUAUGAUUUCUGUUGGUAAUUGUACAGAAAGUAAGAAAGAGCUUUGGCAAUGUCAUUCACCAGUGGAAAAGGACAUGUUUGGAUCCAAAAACAGAUUUCUUAACUACGAAGUGCAUGUGCAUUGGCAUUGGCACAACACUUCUUCAUUUCUUUACUUCGUAUGAUGUAUUUUCUUUUCCUAUAAACUACGGAGUAC